AUGAAGCAUCUUCCAACUAUAAUCAACUCCUUCGUAUACAGUCUGCACAACGGAACCAUCAAAAGCAAUCUGAUCAAUCAUGUUCCUCGCCGCGCAGCUAUUGAAGCUGUGGGCGGUGUUGCUAGAUUUUCAAAUAUUGCACUGAAUGCCGUGGACUCGCGGCCAACGGUGGAUAAGAUCUUGACAUAUGAUAAUAGACUACAUACCAUCAAGCUAUCCCAAGAGCGAGAGCAAGACCCCUGGCCCCAUACCGAAGGAGGCUAUAUGGACUACAUUACAGAUUCUCGAGAGGAAGAGUAUUGGUGUGCCUAUGUCGGACAGACUUCGGAUCUAUCGAGAUUUGGGGGUGCUAAUUUGUGUAAAAGUCCGGGAUUCCAGCAAUCCAAUGGCCGAAUGGUGUAG